AUGCUUGCAGAAUCCUUCGCACGGGUCAUUCUUCGGAAUUGGCCAGCAGUACUCAUCGUUGCUUUUGUCGCCUACCUGGUGAACAAUCGAUUUAAUCGAGGACUCAAUAAACACCCCGGACCAUUUCUUGCUUCUAUCACAGAUUGGUGGAGGUUUUGGAUUGUGCUAAGAAGACGACCAGAGGUUCAGCAUAUUCAACUACACGCCAAACAUGGAGAUGUCGUUCGCUUAGGGCCCAAUGCGUUAUCCUUUGCCAAUCCACAAGCAUUAAAGACGAUAUAUGGACUUAACAAAGGUUUCACAAAGUCAGAAUUCUAUCCCGUACAACAAUCGGUGGCAAAUGGCCAUCGCCUGCCCUCAUUGUUCAGCUCCACCUCCGAGUCGUUUCAUGCUCAACUACGAAGAUGUGUUAAUAGCGCUUUCUCGAUGUCAACACUUGUUCAAUACGAGCCAUUUGUCGAUUCCACCACGGAAUUGUUCUUGAAGCAGACCGAAAAACUAUACGCACAAACAGGAUCAGUCUGUGACUUUUCUCGAUGGCUUCAGUUCUAUGCCUUCGACGUCAUUGGAGAAAUGACAUAUAGCAAACGGCACGGUUUUGUGGAAGAGAAUAGAGAUAUUGACGGUAUCGUUCAAUAUCUGGGAAAGCUUUUCGAUUAUGUAGCUCCUAUUGGACAAAUUCCUGUUCUCGACUUACUCUUCCUCAAAAACCCCAUUUACCUUUGGGCAUCUCAAUAUGGCCUCAUAGACUCUACAUUUCCUGUCGCCAAAUUCGCCAAGCAGCGUAUGGCCGAGCGCUAUUCGGCCGACAAUGGCAAAUCUUCCUCUGUCCUCCCCGAGGUCGAGCCCAAGGGAGCGACUAGCCAGCCAGAUCUUCUAUCCAAGUUCAUUCAGGCGAAAGAAUCUCGCCCAGAGUUUAUGACUGACACACUGGUCACCACCAUGGCUGUAUCGAUGGCCUUUGCCGGUUCCGAAACAACAGCAAUCUCUCUGUCUUCGGUCUUCUACUUCCUUCUGAAGAAUCCGGAAUGCCUCGACGCACUUUACAGAGAACUAGACGAGAAGGAUGCCCAGGGUUUCUUUUCAGCUCCAAAAACCGGAGUCGUAACGUGGUCUGAGUCCCAGGAAUUAGCAUAUCUAGAUGCUUGUAUUAAAGAAGCCUUCCGUCUCCAUCCCGCACCUGGUCUUCCCAUCGAAAGGGUCGUGCCUAAGCAGGGUACGGAAAUCGCAGGUGUAUUUGUGAAAGGAGGAACUAUUGUGGGAUGCAAUGCCUGGGUCCUCCAUCGCCGGCCAGAAAUUUUUGGAGAAGAUGUGGAAGCAUUCAGACCUGAGCGAUGGCUUGUGGGUGGUGGUGCUGCUGGUCAGGGGAUUAGAGGUGUUGAUGAAACAGUCGACGUGGGUGCUGAAGAAAAGAGGAUCAAAGACAUGGGUGCCACACUUUUACAUUUCGGUAUGGGAGCGCGGACCUGUAUUGGGAAGAACAUUAGUUUGUUGGAAAUUUACAAAUUGGUUCCUUCAGUUUUGAGGAUGUUCGAGGUCAGCCUCGAAGACCCGACGAAGGAGUGGACGGUACACAAUGCUUGGUUUGUUCGACAGCUCAAUUUCCGGACAAAGUUCAGGAGGCGUGAUGAUGUCGGAAAUAGUUAUACUUCCGUCAAGUCUUCAUGA